AUGGCAGCUGUUGUCAAGAAGCCUCCGGCAACUGGCCGCGAAACCCCAACAGGAACACCGUCGCGCCCGACUCCGAGAGUAUCGACGCCCUCGUCCGCCGCUGCAAGCGGAACUGGCGUGGCGCGCACCCGAUCGGUGCGAACUGGGACUCCCGUCUCAGCUCGUGCUGCCGCAUCGUCGAGGCGCGAGUCGCUACUCGGAAAUGGAUCCAGCAGCACACUCAACGGAAGUGGUGCCGCUGACGUGGAGCGCGAGGAAGCUGCUCGCGCCGAGACAGUAGCUUUACUCGACGACUUAAAAGAGCGCCUAGCCAAGGCUGAGACUGCGUCGGAAACAUACAAGCGCCAGACCGACGUGCUACAGAACAGGCUAGACGAGGCGCUCAAAGAACAAGCUGUCCUCGAAGAGAAGGUUCACGAGAAUGAGGAACAGAUCGAAUCGCUGACUAACGAGAAGCGUGAGGCCGCCCGCCAGAUACGCGAGAUGGAGAGCAUUUACGAGGCCGAACGGAGCUCCAUGGUGAAGGAAAAGGACGAAAUGGCCAACCGCGAAGAGGAGAUGCAGGCUGUCAUCCAGCGGCUCAAAGACAGCCUGGCGCAGAGGAAUGACGAGGACAGACAUGCAAGACAAUCCGUGACCAGUUCGCCGAGCUUGGACAGCGGGAGCUUUGCGCCGCCGUCAUCAAUCCACCGGAGUGACUCACGCAACAAUUCAAAGCUCGUCCUUCAAAAGGACAAGCUGAUCGAGUCUCUACGGCUCGAGCUGGCCGAGGCGCAAAUCAAGCUCGUCGAGUCGGAAAACCAUGGUGGAGGACGCCUCCAAGAGGUCGAGCGCCUGUUGAUGGAAGCCCGGGUGGCCAAUGCCCGCCUCAUGGAAGACAACGAGAGCUACCAGCUGCUGCUGCAGGACAAGACCCUAAAGGGAGACUUUGGUACAAGUGAUUUCAGCUACAUGGGUGGCUCAUCAGCGAACCAGGAUGCCCUCGCUGCCCUCGAGGGCCGGUCAAGUGGGACCAGUCUGGCCGACGAACUGUCCGAAGCCGCCGUGGACGACCAUAACCCCAAAGAGCUCGAGGCAGAGCUGAACCGGAUGAAGGACCAAAACAAGGCCCUCACACUCUACAUUAACAAAAUCAUCGAGCGCCUACUGCAGCACCAGGACUUUGAGCACAUUCUCGAUCAGAGCAGCGACUUCAAGCCAGGGCCGAAUACGAACAAGGAGCUACCCCCGCCGCCGCCGAGCAAGCAAACUGGCAGCCAGUCAUUGCUCCAGCGCGCCAAGUCCAUUGCCAUCGGUACCGGGCCUGCCGCAAAGCCAAAGCCACGACCCAUGUCCUUCAUGCCUUCGGCUGGGGCAACAGUCAAUGCGUCGCCCUUGGCCAAUGCCCACAACAACCCCGACACGGCGCCUAGCAUCCCGAUCGGGCUGGGGCGCUCUGCCAGCACUCGCCGUGGUAGGCCCAUGAGCGAGCAGUACACAGGCGGGGCCGCCAGCAUCGUCAACGCCAUGUACAAGGGCACGCCCGAGGGCCCACUUUCGCCGACUCUGCGAUCCAGCCAGACCUUCUUCCUACCGCAGUCCAACGGCGUCGGCAGCGCAAGCAACCGCGCCAGCAGCGGCGGCGGCUCUAACGUGGCCACCCCGCUCACCAGCAGCGGCAACUUCCCCGGCAUGAAGAGCGAGACGAGCAGCACCAGCGGCGACUCGGUCGUCGGCGAUGUCACCACGCCCCCCAGCCAGAGCCCACCCCGCCCCCACCACGAAAAGACGACCACCUUUGCCGGCAACAAGCCCCGCCCCCUCCGCCUCGUGCAGGAGAACUCGGAAGCCACGACCAACGCCAACGCUAGCAAGCGCCAGAGCUGGGUCGGCUGGGCGGCCAGCGCGUUUGUCAAGAAGGACGACGCGUCGCCCGGUGAGGUGAUUCGGGAGUAG